AGAGCUAACUUGGGGCUCUCUUCUAUGUAAACAACUUGUAUAAACCAUGGAAAAAACCAGGAACCGGGCCAUUCAGCAGCUUAUUUACCGCGUCGGCCAGUAUUUACGGCUUAAACGGCACUAUCCGAGAUACCGCGCGGUAUGGUUCCGACCGGCGGUAGGAAGAUUCAAGAACGUCGCCUGCUGCCUGCUUGAGAAGAAGAGAACGACGCUGCCGAUCAAUCUUCUCCAGCCCAGAUCUGCGUCUGAUGACCGACGAGAAGAUGAGAUCGCGGUCGAUUGUUCUCCAGCUCAGUCGACACCGCCGAUCGAUCGUUCUCCAGCUCAGCCUUCCCCUCCUCGACUGCGGUCUCCCCUUCGUCUUCUCCAGCCAGACUCCAAAUCAUCACUACCUUCGGCGACCGGCGAGAAAGCGAGCUCCUCAAGCCGCCGCGCCGAGUCUCCCUCAUGUGCUCGACCUCCCCUGCCUCUGGGGACCGGCGAGAAGGACAAAGGAUGAGCCCGCCGCCGCGCCGAGUCUCCCUGUCCUUCAGUCCUUUGUCGUCUCUGUACGUCGGACUCGAUUUCCCAUCCAAGACACGGUUGGAGUCACUCGCAUAAUUGAUUUCCCCAUCCUAGAGACCAUAUAAUUUUGUAUACAAAUUAGGUAAGGAGAGUUUGGAAUGAUGUUUGGUUUACAAAUUACUAUUAUGCGGUAGUGAAUAAAUGUUUUGCAAUGAAUAAUGUUUUGACUU